UUCAGUUCUUGUCGACCAACGCGUGUGAACGGCAGCAAAGACGGCAGCUACUCGGAUCGUCCCAUAAAGGGUUCCCCUACAGAGUCCAGGAGGUUUACAGUUCGUGGAUCGUAGCGAGCCAUGCAAACUAGUUGACCUUCGUCGGGAGGCUGUAAAAGCAAAAUAAACAAAUCUGGGAUCUUGCCUUUGCGAUAAGGAAUUUGAAUCGUUCGAUUCGAUCGCUCGGUGGUUAGACACGGAACGCAGUGCAUCUUUGUGUGUUCUCGGCAGUGAGUCCGCGCGAAAUUACAACCUUGAAUUAAGCAUAGAGUGUGGUUCACCGUUAACGAAGUCAUUAAAGUAAAACGUGUAGUACAUAGUGUGUAUGUGUAUAGUAUUUAUCUAAUUUAAUUUAACCUCAAAGUGCAAUUAGAAGAGUAAGUGACUUACUGCAGCUUCGCAGUUUUGUGGGUGACCCAGCGUAAGAAAUAGUAGCAGUGCAAGAUGCCGUUGAAGAAAGCGGGGCAGCCUCUCGUCGUCACGACGUACGAGUUUCCGGUGAAACCGGAAAAGACGACCGUCAAGCAAUUCCUAUACAACAAGAGUACCGGACAGAUUCUAGGAAGAACCUCUAAAAAUUGGGGUCAGCUGUUACUAUUCUACACCAUUUUCUACGCUCUACUCGCGGCGAUGUUUGCCAUUUGCAUGCAGGGCCUACUCGCCACCCUAAACACCGAAUAUCCCAAAUGGCAGCUCGAGGAUUCGAUUAUAGGGACCAACCCGGGACUGGGGUACCGCCCGAUGCCGGCCACUGUGGACCAGGCGCCCGUGGUCCACUAUGCUGCUGCCAACAAAACCGAAGUGAAGGAGUGGGUCGGCCGAAUCAACGAAUUCCUGGAACCGUACAAGGAUCAUAAACUUCUCCCAGGUGGAGGCAAAAAUCAAGUGAUCUGUGACUUCCAGAAACCUCCCAGCCCUAACACUGUGUGCGCCGUUGACGUUUCCAAAAUGGGGCCAUGCAAUGCUGAAGAAGGAUACAGCUAUAACAAAUCGGCUCCGUGCAUAUUCGUUAAGUUGAAUCGCAUCUACGGCUGGGUGCCAGAGUACUACGACGAUAUCAACGAUUUGCCCGAGUCGAUGCCCAGUGAUUUAGUGGAGUACAUCAAAUCCAUCCCAGAGCAAGAACGCAAACAAGUGUGGGUGUCGUGUAACGGAAUCGCUGCAGCGGACAUUGAAGCGAUCGGUCCAAUUCAGUAUUAUCCACAACGUGGCUUGCCGUCGUUCUACUACCCGUUCACCAAUACUCAAGGAUACCUCAGUCCACUAAUAGCUGUGCACUUUGCCCGUCCAGCAGUUAAAACUAGCAUCAACGUCGAAUGUCGCGUGUGGGCCAAGAAUGUGAUCUACCGUGGAGGACAACGAGAUCGGCAAGGGUCGAUUAAUUUCAUUCUGCUAAUCGACUAAAUCAACUGAUGCCCUGGCGCUUGGUGACUUCCGUCGUCCAUCGGUUCAUGACGGCGGAUGCGAAACAAAACACAUAACCCAAUGUGAAUCGAAUUUUUCAGUAGCGCAAAGCUUUCCGACUCGUAGGUUGUAUAUUAUUUCAUCAUAUUAGUUGUUUUCGAUUGACUUACCUGAACCCAGGAUAUUGGCCACGUUCAUGCUGGUCUGCCUGUGAACUAAGCUGUAAUUUAUUGACAAGCCAUACACGACGUACAUACCUCCGAAUCAGUUGGAGAAAUGAUAAAUAUAGCUUAAAAAGUUGAUAGAUAGUAGGUAAUUCAUCGAAGAUUGAAAUGAACUUAUUUACUUAAUUGAGAUGUGAUCAGAAAUGUAUUAAGGGCCCAUCCAAUAAUUUACAUAAGAUGUUUUGACACCUUCCCUUAUUAUAAAAUUACGAUAAGUAUUCAUACUUUUUACGAUACAUUUUUUUAUCAUGUAGUAUGUUUUGUUAAACCCACGAGUCUUUGUUGAUGAACCGAAAAAAAAUGUUUAUAAUAUUGUAAUUAGUAAGAUGGCCUGGUUUUGUCUGUUAUCAAUGUUAUCGUUAGUUUUCAACUUCUUUACUUUUUAAAAGUAAUCUUUUGUAAAUAAGUACUAUUCCUAGUGACCAUCUUUUCCUUCAUCUAAAAUGCAGUAGAACUUUAAACAGCAUUUUUGCACUUCUUCUCGAUUCUCAUGUAAUUAUUAGAUGGGCCUUCAAACAAUGCGAACCAGAAUAAAUUAUGCGUUUUAUGAUAUACCGUUCGGUGUAUUUAUUCGUUCGAAUAUAUUAACACAAUUUCUGGUGUUCUUUGACAUCAUCGACGUUAUCCGGGAAUAAAAAAAUACUACGAAGCUCGGGCGGAUAAACUACAGCGUUACAGUUUUAGAUUUCCAAAAUUUUGCGCAAGAAUCUAAAAAUUAGCAAAUACCAAAUAAAAUACAAUUGAUCUAUUGUGUCAUCAUAAAUUACCUUUAAAAGAUUGGAUUGAGCCAAUCGCUUCUGAUGAAACAGUGAUUUUGAUUGCUUGUUAUUUGUUUGUCACGGCCACGCUUUGUUAUAACUUUUUUAAACCUCUCAAAGAAGGUGAAUAAAUGCAAAUAUUUAGGUGCUCCGCAUAAUGCUACGUUUAGACAAGGCAAGUGAAUAGAGCAAGUCGCUUGAAUCGAAUGCGAACUGAACGUGUAAACACCUUAAUUCAAUUCACUUGAACGAAAAGAAAGUUGAACAUGUUCAACUUUUGGCAAGUCAAUUGAAUUCAACCAAGGGCCUCAUACGCCUGUCACUGGCGAACAAAGCUCGUGUACUCUGCAUCGAAGCUUAGAACCGGUGUUAGGGCGCAAUCGUUAAUGUGAACAUUUUUAUAUUCGGUUAGUUACAGCAAAUAAAUUCUUUUUCGAGUCCCUAUAAUCAAGCAGGUAUCUCAAGCAUACCACAUCGUUAUAUUGCUGCAUGAUUCAGUGUUUAAUUUUGAUAAAAAAAAAACGAAAACAAAAGUGUGCAUAAAAACCAUAAAAAUUGCUUCGCCAUAACAAAAAGGUGGUAGAGAAUUAACACUGUUGUUUACAGUUUAGAACCAAAUCCAGAUGUCGCACAUGUUGGGGUAGGGAUUCAGUGCUCCACCUUCUCCCCCUGAAUUCAACUGAGUUGUUCAAUUCACUUGCCCUGUCAAAACGUAGCAUAAGUGUUUAGUUUUGAAGCGAAACUAUUAAAACGUUUCGCUAAGGGGAUCACGAACAACAAGAAACUAUUUUCUAAUUGGUAUACCUGCAGCGAAAAAUAAACUUUUUCGGAAUCAACUUGUUCGUCGAGGUCUCUGUUUUAGUAAGUAAGGACGGUGAAUAUUUCUGACUAGGUUUUCGUAUGGAAAUAUAAUCACUAAACGUCUACUACACAAACUGGAGCAAUAAACGAGAUGCGGUACGUAUGGUUCCUGUUUAUGAUUGGAAAUAAAUUUGAACGCUUCCCCAGCGAUA